AUGUUCCUCUUCGCUCGCCGGAAGCCGCCGUCGCGCGGCAGUUCAGGCGCCCCCACGCCGCAGGCGUCUCCUGUGCCCUCCCGUGGCUCGGGCCGCUCCAACUUGGCGCGCGCCGCCUCGUCGCCGCACCUGCGGCACCCGCCCUCGUUUGGGUCGCUGGAGACGCUGGCGUUCGAUCAGGACCUCACCCCUGUCCCAAAGUCAGUGACGGUGCGCGUCCUGCUCCUCUUGGUCGCCGGCUUUCACGUCUUCCUCACCGCGGGCGUCGUUUUCGGGUGGACGUCGCUCGCACAGGUCCUCGCGAAGAGGGGAGUGGGCUGCGACGGCGACAACUGCAGUGGGCAGGCCGGCAUCUUUGCCUUUAUCUUCACCCUCGGGACGAUCGGCAACUACACCUCGAACCUGCCCUUUGGCCUGCUCCUCGACACGCGCGGGCCGCAGGCGUGCUGCGUUCUCGCUGCGCUCGUGCAGCUCACUGGGGCGCUCGCGAUGUACGCGCAUGCCGCCGGCGGCGAGAGCCUUGUUCCGGCCUACAUCGGCUUCUUCCUGCUUGGGUUUGGCGGACCCGGCGUGCAGAAGGCCACGUUCCACAUGGCGCACCUCUUUCCCUCCGCCUCUGGCUCUCUCAUCGCCGCCUCCACGGCGCUCUUUGACGGCGGCUCUGUCAUCUUCGCCCUCUUCUACUCGCUCACGGACGCGGGCUCGCUCGACCUCGAGACGUGCUGGCUCGGCUACGCCGGCGCUGUCCUGCUUGUGCUCGCCUCUGGCGCUGUGCUCUGGCCCUCGGCGCCCUUUGAGCCGCCCCCGGACACCGAUGUCGACGCUGUCUUUGGCAACCCCGACGACGACACCGCGACAGCGCUCUCCAAGCGGUCGCUGAAGCGGCAACUGCGCAGCCCACCCUACCUCUACCUGGUUCUCUUCGCCUCGGUCCACGUGUGCCGCCUCAACUUUGCCGUCGCCACCUUCCAGGAGCAGGUCGGCUCGCUCGGCUUCGGCGCGAGCGAGGUGGACCAGUUUGUCGUCAUCUUUGGCCGGCUGCUCCCGCUUGGCUUCGUCGGCAUGCCGCUCAUCGGGUACCUGCUCGACACCUCGACGCCGUUGGUGGUGUUUCUACUCGUCAACGCUGCUGGCGUGCUCAACAGCUCCCUCCUUCUCGUCCCUCACUCCCGGCCCGCGCUGCUUGGCGCCAUGUGCUGCGUCGCCGUCGGGCGGCAGUUCGUCUACUCAACCUUCUUCUCCGAGCUGCAGCGCCUCGCCUCGCCGCGCACCUAUGGCACCCUCGCAGGCUCGAGUCCCUGCCCGCGCAUUCGCAUGCCCCGUGUCUGUGCCGACUUGAUGCCGGCCGCGCACUGCCCUCCCCGCGCCGCCCGCUUCGAGCUGACGGCCCGCACCGCCACUGCGCCGCCACUGCCGCUAGGCCUCGCCAACCUGUGCGUCGCUGCCACGGGAGUGCUCCUCUCGCCUCUCUCCUCCCUCUCCACCAGCACGCUGGCCCCUUGGGGCGAGUACGCGUUUGCCCCCGCCAACUUGCUCAUGAUGCUCCUCGUGCUGCUGCUCUUUACACAGCCCCUCUCGUGCUGGAGGGAAGCGCGGCGCGCCCGCACGUCCGACGGCCCGACGUUCGUGGCAGUGGCGCGUGGAGCCCCCUCGCCCCUCGCGCCCGCCUCGGUCCUUGAGCGUGGCGCACCCAAUUCCUCGCUGCGCGUUUCCCUGCUCACCGAGCCACAGGCGCCGCCGUAAAGAGAGAGCUCCGCAGACCGCGCGUGAUGCUCUCUCCCAGGUAGAUCGCGCACGCGCGAAUUAUGCAGCCGCCGCGCAGGGGGGCACGUGGCGGAAGCGCAAUCCACACACACACACACGCACGCACGCACGCACGCACACACACACACACACCACACACACGCACGCACACACACUUACACGGCCGGGUUUUCCUCCCGGUCUCGUCCUUGCCCGUGCACACCGAGGUCACACCCCGUGCAGCGUGCUUGCGCGCGCUCUCGUCAGCAGAACACUAUCGUCUUCUCGUUGCACGCGAAGCUAACCAAUACAUCCUUACAUGC